AUGGCCUGGAAGGCGAUAGGCAUAGCAUCCCUUCUUGGGCUCAUAGGAAGCAACUUUGUGAGACAUGAUGAUGCAGCGCAGAGUCACAAUAAGAGACCAAAUAGCAUAGUUGAGACAGGGCCUAGACCCACAAUUCCGCAAUCUAAAAGUCCGCGAGAUCCGCCAAACACCUCACUUCUAUUAGUCUCCAUUUCCAAGAGUAUUACAAGUGAUACAGCGCAACAAGACAAGGCCAUUCAUAGGGACGCGAUCAACAGUACCCCACUCAUGCAUGCAGCGGCUAAGGGAGAUCUGACCAAAAUAAGCACAUACAUGCACAUGGUCAGCAGACAGGACAACAGAGGAAUGACAGCUCUCAUGUAUGCGGCAUAUUAUGGUCAUGUAGAGGCUGUCAAACUGCUUGUGUGGGGCGAAGCAAAGAUCCACGAUAAAAGGGGGAAAACAGCAUUAAUGUAUGCUGCUCAGCAAGGGUUUGGAGAAUGCGUUCGCGCCUUGCUUCCGUUUGAAAAGGGAAUGGUGGACAAGGAUAACUGGAACGCAUUAAUGUAUUCGGCCAUGUGUAACGACAUGCCGUGCCAAGAUCUAAUUGAUGCAGAGAGUACUUAUCUAACGGGAGACAGCGACAGUAUCUUGAAGGUUGGGCUUCUAUCCAAGCAUAACAAGAUAGGAAAGAACGAAAUACAAAGCGCCAAUCUCCCUCUAAUUGAGGUCAAUAUACUGGGGAUUACACCGCUAAUGGAGGCAGCGACAGUUGGGGACAUCCAAGGGGUGAAAGCACACAUUAAGACAUAUAGGGGACGGAAGGACCGCUACGGCACAACGGCCCUUAUGUAUGCAGCAAUAGGAAACCACGUUGAGUGCGUUCGGUUGCUACGCACAUCAGAGCGACGAGAGCAGGACCACGAGGGAUUCACGGCUCUCAUGAGGGCAGCGAUAUACGGCAACAUAGAGUGCAUAGAGCUUCUUGCCGCUGAUGAAGGUGGAAUGCUUAACAAUAUUCAAUGGAGUGCGAUCGCAUACCUUAUUCAGAACAAUUACUUCGAGGGUCUGCAAUACCUUCUCCACCUAGAAGGAAAUCUACACGAAAAGGAAGAGGUGGGCUAUUCCAUAUUUUCACUGCUGGAGCACUCAGCCAAUCCACAAGUUCAGAUGCUUCUGCAAGCUACUGAGAUCUAG